GUUGUGGAAGUAGAGGUAAAUGGAGUGAAGCAAAAGAGUGGCGUCCAUAUAAAGAAAUGCAGGUACCUGGAGAAUAGUGGCUGUGUUGGAAUGUGUGUGAAUAUGUGCAAGAUUCCUACCCAAGAUUUUUUCACCAAUGAAUUUGGACUUCCCUUAACAAUGAACCCUAAUUUUGAAGACAUGAGUUGUGAUAUGGUGUAUGGUCAAGCCCCACCCACAUUUGAAGAGGACCCUGUUUCAAAACAACCAUGCUAUGCAGAUAUAUGUUCUUUGGCAAAAUCAAGCUCUACUGUGUGUCCUAAACUACAGGCAUGA